AUGUCUCUUGUCCAGCGAGUUACAUCCAUCGAAGGAACUGACCGCGAGCCUGUAGAAGCGGACUCAUAUCAGCAGCAUCAUCGUUACGGUACGGUCAAAUCCGUUCGAUCUGUCCGCUCGCUGCGUCGUGUUAUCAGCUACGAUGUUUUCCCCAAUCCCGAGGAGGAAUCCCAUGCAGUCGCGCCAACUGGUGGAGUGGCGGCGUACAAGGUGUCAAGUGCAAAGCGAAUUGCCCAGGUCAUAGUCACAAUACUGUCUUGUUGGCUCGCCAGCGGUAUUGUCUUUGGAUUCGCAGCACUUAAACCAGUGCUUGUCGGUGAGGGUGUGUAUCGAGAACUAUGUACACGUGAAGAGCUUGAUCUUGACGUGGAGGUUUGUUACGAACAGGAUUUGAGACUCAAUUUAUUCUUUGCGAUUGCUUCGACGACCUGCAACAUAUCCGCGUUGGUGGUCGGCACGAUCCUGGACAAAUAUGGGCCACGCGUCGCUGGUCUCAUCGGAAGUUUCUGCCUGGCGUUGGGGAGUAUCUUGAUGGCCACUGCCUUCUCAAUUCCAGCGUUUGAUGGUUACAUUGCAGGCAACGUCUUCUUAUCGCUUGGUGGAACCUUUGUCUUCGUACCGAGUUACACGAUAGGCAAUGCCUUUCCAAAGUAUGCUGGUUUGAUUGUGGCCAUGGUAACGGGAGCCUUUGAUGCAUCGGCUGCGGUCUUUCUCUUCCUCCGGCUAGCUUAUGAAGGAUCGGGCAGAACCUUCACACCAGACAAGUUCUUCUAUGGAUAUCUCAUCGUGCCGGCCGCGAUCUCUCUUACCCAACUGUUUUUGAUGGAGCCAGACGGCUACAAAACAGUACCACAAUUGGAAGAGACCAUUGAGAAACAGCGAGAUGCAACCCAAGAUGUACAUUCGUCCGACGAUGAGCUCAGUGAUGGCGAGGUACGCCGUCUAAGAAGCCGUCGGCGAGAGCAUCGAGAGUCAAAGAUUGCUCAGCUCGACAAGCUGGUUGGCGAUCUCGAUGAAAGGUACGAGAAGCAGGUGGAAGUGCAUGCAGCCAGCGGUGUAUGGGGUGCUCUUCAUGGGAAGUCCGCCAGAGAGCAAAUGUUGACCCCGUGGUUUAUUUUGAUCACGCUUUUGACCGUCUUAUCCAUGUUACGGAUGAAUUUCUUCAUUGCAACGAUCAGGUCGCAGUAUGAGUACAUGCUGGGCUCCGAGUACAUUGCCAAAAGGCUAAAUUCAUUUUUCGACGUGGCCUUGCCUGUAGGAGGUAUUUUUGCGACGCCAUUCAUUGGACUGUUGUUGGAUAAUGUCAGCACUGCCAUGAUGUUGGCAGUCCUCGUGGCACUGACCACGGCCGUUGGGAUUCUGGGCUCACUGCCGUAUCUGUGGGCAGCAUACGCCAACAUCGUCCUCUUCGUACUCCUCAGGCCGCUUUACUAUUCAGCAAUGUCUGAUUACGCAGCCAAGGUGUUCGGCUUCGCAACCUUUGGGCGUGUAUACGGCACAAUCAUCUGCCUUUCUGGGAUUGUAAAUUYGUCCCAGCCGUUGAUCGAUGCGGCAAACCACGAGGUAUUUCUUGACAAUCCAAUCCCCAUCAACAUCAUCAUGGCGACGCUUGGUUGUCUUGUUGGUACGACGCUGGUCGUGUUCGUGGCUGUCAAGGGCCGAGACGUUCCAGCAGUGGAGCCCGCGUCGUUGGAGGCAACUGAAAGAGAUCGGUUGAUCAUUCGUGAGGUAGAGGAGCCAGAGGACGACUAUUAG